AUGACCGACAUUCUGAACGUCAAGGACGAGCCGGUCUUUGACGAUCGCAUCGUCAAGAUCGAGAUUCACACAUACAAUCCAUACGUGAACACGACGUUCGGACACAGCGACGAGAUACGAAUACCCAUACAGCAGCAGGAUCUGUACGCGUUACCCUGCGAAAGCUCGCUCUACGUCGAGGGAAGACUCACGUCGAAAGAGGAAAACGCGGACCCAAAGCCGCAGCUUGGGGUCAAUUGCGUGGCGUUCAUGUUUGAGGAAAUUCGCUACGAACUCAACGGCACUGAGAUCGAUCGUGGCAGAAACGUCGGAAUGACUAGCCUCUUGAAGGGCUACGCAACGUUUUCUAGUGACUACGCGUAUCAUAUGGAGAAUGCAGGAUUUCCGCAUCCGGUUUUUGACAACGAUGUAAAAAGACUAGUAUCGAGCGAUGGAUACUUUAGUUUUUACGUGCCGUUGAACAUGCUGUUUGGCUUUUGCGAGGAUUACAAACGCGUGGUGAUCAACGCGCGUCACGAACUGAUUCUGAUACGAGCCCGCAACGACACCAAUUGCGUCAAGGAAGAUCCAGCGGCCGAGCCGAAACUCGAACUGUUCAAGAUACAAUGGCGAAUGCCCCACGUCACGUUGAACGAAGUCAAUAAACUGUCCAUGUUGCGUAUCCUGGAGAACGGACGAUAUCUCAGUAUGAGUUUCCGUUCGUGGGAUCUGUACGAGUAUCCUCUGUUACCGAGCACGACCAAGCACUCGUGGGCUAUCAAGACUACGACUCAGCUCGAGAAGCCGCGAUACGUCAUCUUUGCUCUGCAGACCGAUAGAAAGAAUAACAUGACGAAGUAUUCAAAUUACUUCGACAAUUGUAAACUAACCAACGUGAAACUCUAUCUGAAUUCCGACUUUUUCCCGUACGAUGAUCUAAAUCUAGAUUGGGACAAACGCAAAAACGCCAUUUUGUACGACAUGUUCGUACGUUUCCGUACAUCGUACUAUCAGAUCCUCCGCGAAAGAGGUGAAACGUUACUCAGGGCGGAUUUCUUUAGGGAUCGUUUCCCUAUAGCGAUCAUCGACUGCUCUCUACAGAACGAAUCGGUCAAGAGCGGCACCGUGGACGUGCGUUUGGACUUUGAACUCAAAGAGAACGCACCCGCUAAUACCGCCGCGUACUGUCUCAUCAUACACGAUCGCGUGAUCGAGUACAACCCGCUGACCAACGUUGUGCGCAAGAUCGUCUAA